CAUCCAUCGCUAUCGCGCUAUCGCUCUGCUCGGGCAGAUAGUUGACCACUCGACACUUCACUCUCUUAAAAGUAGCGCUUCUGAGCCGUGCUCGCGCUCUCUAUCCCUCCGUCCGCCGCCAUCCUCCGCCCGCCAUGAAUAAGUUUUCCUGGGUCCUUCCAAAGGAGGACUCGUGCAUCGCGCCCGACAAUGUCUGGUCCAACAAGGACAUGGACCCGUCGCCCGACGAGCACCGCACCUGGACCAGCGUCACCUUCUUCACCUACUGGGCUUGUGAUCUCAUGUACCCGGCCUCGUGGGCCACCGUUGCCUCCUUUGUCACUCUCGGCCUCACUUGGUGGGAAUCGUGUCUCGCCGUCUUCCUUGGUUCCGUCUUCGUUGCGGUCGUCAUCACCGCCAACGGUAUCAUCGGUGCGACAGUGCACACGCCCUUUGCAGUCACUACGCGCGCGACCUUCGGCUACUGGGGCAGCAAGUUCGUCGUCUUUUCGCGCUGCGUUAUCGCGUGCUUCUGGCUCUCGAUCAACUCGUGGUCGGGCGGCCAGUUCGUGACUCUGAUGAUCGCCGCCAUCUGGCCCCAGUACAAGCGCUUCCCCAACAGCGUGCCGACGAGCCAGGGUGCGACGUCGUCCGACUUCCUCUCCUUCUUCCUCUUCUGGCUUCUCCAGCUCCCCUUCAUUUUCAUCCACCCUAGCAAGCUGAAGUGGGUGUUCAACAUCAAGGCCAUGAUUGUUCCUAUCGUCGCGAUCGGAACUCUCAUCUGGGCUGUCAAGAUCGCCGGCCCCGAGGCUGGCCCUCUCCUCCGCUCCGGCCGUAACCGCGUCCCCAGCGGCGCCGCCCGCUUCAUUGCGUUCAUGACCUCCGUCACCGCUGUACAGGGUACUUGGGCUACCCUCUCCGUCAACAUUGGUGACUUUUCGCGUUACUGCAAGAGCCCGCGCUCCAACUGGAUCCAGCUGUUCGCUUUCCCUCUUAUCAACACUCUCGUGUCGAUCUUCGCGGCGAUUUCCGCCACCUGCGCGUACGCGGUGUACAACGAGGAGCUGUACCAGCCGUACGACAUUCUCGCCAAGUGGGACACGUCUCCGGGCGGCCGCGCCGCCAUGUUCCUCGGCGCGCUUACCUGGGCGCUGUCGAACGUGACGACGAACAUCACAGCCAACUCGAUCUCUGCUGCGAACGACAUCUGCUCGCUUGCGCCCAAGUAUGUGAACAUUCGCCGCGGCCAGUUCAUCGCCAUUACCAUUGGCGUCUGGGGCUUUGUUCCUUGGAAGGUGCUCGACUCGGCCGCCAACUUCCUGACGUUCAUGGCCUCGUACUCGAUCGUCCUGGCGCCCAUCGCGUUCCUCAUGGUCCUCGAUUUCUACCUCGUCAAGGGCCAGAAGCUCGACAUCUACGAGCUGUACCGCCCCCGCGGCAUCUACCGGUACGCCAAGGGCUGGAACUGGCGCGCGUACGUCGCGCUCGCCGUCGCCGUCGCCCCCAACCUCCCCGGCAUGGUGCACGCCAUCAACCCGAAGAUCUACAUCGGCAACAUCAAGUACCUGUACAUGGUCUCGAACCUUGUCGCCUACUUCAUCGUGUUCCUGGUGUACAUCCCAAUCAACAAAAUCUGGCCCGCGCACGAGGCGCUCAUCGACGAGCCCGUGCACGACGUCAUCCCCGGCGGCCGCGACAAGGACCGCGAGUCGGACAGCCUCGACGGCACGAUGCGCGGGAGCAGCCGCGACGGCGUGCAGCGCUACGCGGCGGGGGGCGUGCCCGGCGAGAAGGCAGAGGAUAAGGCCGCAGAGGAGGAAAGCCGCUUUCUCUAGAGCUCUAGCGAUAGGUCGCUGGUAGAAUCGUAGAAACAGAUCAUGAGGUCUGGGUUAGGUUGCGAAGGCACUAUGUGUCAGAGCGGUGGUGUGUACUGUGUACGUUGUGUUAAGCCAUGCAUAGGCGUUUGCGUUAU